GGGAACAGACCGAAGAUUUGUCGUAGCGGACAUAGUUAGCUAACGUUGCUACUAGAGAAAGCAAGACAAAGUUGAUUAAUUACAAGAUGCUCCUCCCCAUAGGCGCCCCUACUCACACUCCUGUUAUCCCCAGUCGUCCUGCUCGUUCGCCAAUCUAUCCUCCUGGAGGUAUCCGGUCCGCUUGGCUGUCGUUCCCCUCGUCGUUGAAGCUCCGCUGUCAGGCGGAGCCUGAAAUUGCCAACUGCCCUGAGUUCGGUGAGGCUCUCGAUGGGGGCUGGGGCUGAUGCCCUCUGUUUUCGAGCUCAUUUUGUUGUCGCUGAAGUUCUGCCAGACCUUGCUCCAGCUUGUUCUGCCGCUGUUGAAGUUCUGCCCUCCGCUGUUCCAACUCACUCUGCAGUUCUUGAACUUCUGCACUCUCCUGAUCCAGAUUAUCCUGCUGCUAUUAACCCUCCGCCGUUUGCUGUUUCACCUCGCUUUCUAGGUGCUAAAGUGUUUCUUCGUACUGGUUGUUUGAUUUUUGCCCGCUGCUGAUCCAGCUUGUCGAUGUUUGCUGACCCGUAUUUUCCAGCAUUCGAACUCUCUGUAGCGCUGCAGGAUCAGGAUCUUUCAGGCGUUGAUGACCCCACGCGGCGCAUCAACUUCAUGGUCUCCUAGGGUAGUCUGUCAAUCAAUUCGUCGCACACCCAUUGUCCCAUACCACUGAGAAACCGGUUUGCAUAAUGCCUUUUUUUGUUGCCUAGGUGGAGGCUGGCUGGAGCAUCAGCAGCGGCUCCCGCCGAUGCUUAAAGUUACGUUUU